AUGAAGUCGACCGUGGCAGGCAGCUCCGAGCAUGACGGCGCCGUGCGCGAGACGGCGUCGGACGCGUCGCUAUGCAAACUCUCGGCCUCUCAUCUAGGCUACUACACGGACCCUUUCGUCCAGUUCUUCGUCAAGGCGCCGUCGCGCCGCAUGCCCAUCAUCAACCGCGGAUACUACGCGCGUGUGGCAGCAGUCGAGUCGCUUGUGCGCAAGUUCCUGGGCGCUGGACAGCACAAGAAGCAGGUGGUGAUAUUAGGCGCAGGACUAGACACCAUGUUCUUCCGCUUAAAGAACAGCGAAAUGCUCUCUAACUGCGAGUACUUCGAGCUGGACUUCCCAGAGGUUACCAUGCAGAAGGUGAGCACCAUCAAGCGACGCAAGCCUCUUAACGGACUGCUGGGGCUUGAAUCGCCCAAAGACUUAAUGGCUGCAGUAUCUUCAGGGUACACAGAGCUGAAUGUACCCGGCUAUCACUUAUUACCCUGUGAUUUGAGGGACCUACACGCUACCACAGCCAAGAUGGAGGCAGCGGGUAUCGAUCGCAGCGUCCCGACACUGUUCGUGUCGGAGUGUGUACUCAUCUACAUGGAAGCCAAGUUCUCCACACAGCUGGUGGCUUGGGCUGCUUCAUACUUUGACGAUAUAAGCUUCACGUUGUACGAGCAGAUCUUACCAGACGACGCAUUCGGGAAGGUCAUGAUGGCGAACAUCAAGGCGCGCGGAUGCGAUCUGCUGAGUAUCCACGACUUUCCGACAGUUGAGGCGCAAAUCGCGCGGUUUACCGAGCACAAGUACGAGGUGGCUCAAUGCUGGGAUAUGAACAAGAUCUACUACCACUACCUGGAUCCGGCUGAACGCGCUAAACGUGAGAAGCUCGAGAUCUUCGAUGAACUGGAGGAGUUUCAUUUGUUGCAGGCGCACUACUGCGUUGUUGUAGCUAGCAAGAAGGCUUCAACUGUUAGUGCACACGCCUUGUCGCUGGGUGGAGCUCAAGCAUAAAGCCUCGUGUGAAGACUAUCUAAAGCAAAUCUAACCUAUACGUACUCGCUCUGCACAUGUGGAAAUGGAAAGCUGAAUCAAAUAAACAACCGCAAAACGGAUAAAAGCGGAUAGAAUUGCUGUGGCUA